CAAAGUGCAGUUAAACCACUUGUUAUUAAAGCAUAACACAACAUUAUGUUUAAAAUGCCACAGUGCAGUUUAUUCUGAGAGUAGUUGUGAAAUGAUUGAUUUGUGGCUCGAGGAAAUAUGACAUUUGGGUUUGUAAUGAUAAGUUAUGUUGUCAGUAAGUUCUGUAUCGUCAUGGUUUCUACUGCACAAUGCACAGAGCAUCACAAUAAAGCAUUUAGUGCCAUCUAGUGGUUAGACAGUUACAGAUUGUUAAAGGGUCACUUCAACCAAAUUACAAAAAACUUUUCUCACUUACCCUUAGUUGUACCACAGCUAAUGUAAUAGCUUCCAUUCAUGGUACUCAUAAUAUUUAAAAUAUGUAUCUCUUUCCACAAACAGUGUCCCAAAACCAUCUGAAUAAUCCUCACACCUCACUGUGGAUAAUUCUGGAACAUUCCAAUUCUAAUAAUUCUAGACACCAUGUGUGUGACUGAUUUAUCCACAGUAACAGGGAUAUUAUUUUGUUGCUCAGAGAUAUUGCUGUUAAGAAUUAAAUUCCAUUCGUGUCCACUGUAUUAUGGGGGAAGCAGACGAGGACAUGUAUAAACUUUGGCAAAUAUAACAAAAACUACAAAACGCACUCAUAACUGCAGAGGUAAGAAAAUGUGUUUGUAGGAUUUUGUAAUUAAUUAACAGAAAUUGGUAGUGGUGGGGUGCGGGGUGUUGAAUCCCAUUCAGAAAGCACAGCUCGUCACAUUUAAAGUCCGCCAAAGAAGAAUAUCUUCAUGUUCUGAUAAAAUGAUUCACAAAAGAAACAAACUAGGCGCUGGCUUCAGGCGUGAACAUCAGGAUUAUGAUUGGUAAAGAAAGGCAGCAAGAAACAAAUCAUGUUCAGUCAUGUCAUCUGGUAAUACACUGCAGAGCAGAUCCCACAUAUUAUACAGCUGCUAUGUUUACCACUUUCAGUCUCUGUCACUAAGUUUGUCUCACCUUCUAGAGGCUUGUCAAUUUACCUUAAACUCUAAGGUACUCCUGAGAACAUGAAAGAUUUUUUCAUGAGUUAUGUGUUUCUUGCCAUUCAGUGUUGACUUGACGGAUAUCACUAUUUGAACAUCCAAAACAACUUCAAAUGCUUGUAUAAGAAAACUGCAACCUGCACAUCUCAAACUUUUCAUUCAUAGUCUACUGGAAUUAGAUUUUUAAACAGUUCUUUUCAAAGGAAAUCCAAUUUGUGAUGUAACUCAUGUCUGACUUAGGGUUUUGUCCAUUUACAUGUCAAACCUUAGACUAGGUUUACAAAAACAGGUUAACAAUAAAAUAAAACAAAUGCAAGCUACAGUGACACAGUCUCAGUCCAAACAUCACACAAGGUCUUGAGCAACAUCCAAAGGACAUUUGAAGACACAGUCCCCUUCAUUUUAAAUUAGAUCAUUAAGCAUUACAGAAUCAUCCUGAUUGGUGUUAUUUAGUGCCUUGUAAGUCCACACUAAUAAAGAAUAUGUUGAUGUUGCACUAUGAUGGUGAAUAAUCUCUGUGGAAUAGCAGACAACUUUAAUAGUUUUUUUAAAAUUGGAUUUUAGUUUGGGAUCUAACAGGAAUGACAGUCAAAUGCGCAGAAACGUGAGAAACUACAGACGGUCUGCAGUCCUCUAAUGUUUCACGGUUCAUUCACUCACUUUUUGUGGCUCCAUCAGUGCUCUGUAGCGCACUGACGGAGCCCUGUCUCCGCCCGAAAUCAGGGCUGCUCCUCCUGCAUGAUAUGCCCCUACGCAGGUCUUUAAAUUCACUGUUUUGUUGGUGAGAACUUGCACAGUAUUCUUGGUAUUUAACCUCCUUUGCAUUUACCUGGACUAUCUUCCUACAUGGACACUUUCAUUAUUUCUUUAUUUAUUUCAGAAGAGUGAUCUUAAAAAAAAAAAAAAAAAAAAAAAAAAAACUUGACUCGGGUUUCAACGAUGUUCGAACAGACCUUCAAGAAUUUCCAAAUCUGUUUCAGGGCUCUGAAUGAGAGGAAUACUUUCUCCAGUGGCGAUCCAAUAACAGGACAGAUCUCCUUCGAGCUCACGAAGGAGACGAAGAUCACUGUGAUAACGGUGAAACUGACGGGGAAGGCGAAUGUCCACUGGUCCACCGGAGGAGGGAGGAGUGGCAGAAGGCACUACUCGGCAAGACUGGACUUCUUCGACUUCAAAGGCGUCAUCAUGCAAGAAAACACUGCUACUGGUAGGACGACAAAACUUCAGCCUGGCACGCAUGUGUAUCCAUUUUCAUGUCAGCUGCCACAGGGAGACUUCCCAUCCAGCUUCCAAGGGAUUCAUGGAAGAAUAUUGUACAGCUUGACAGUGAGCAUCAGCAGACCCUGGCAUAUGUCCAAGGACUUUGUGACGGAGCUGAACUUUGUAAACCACAUUGAUACCAACCAGCCAGUGCUGUGGGCUCCUCUCUCAGGCUCCAACCAAAUGACACUGUGCUGUCUGUGGUGUGCCUCGCGUCCUAUCACAAUGACAGUCAGUGUAGAGAAGAAAGCCUUCGUUCCUGGUGAAACGGUGAAAAUAAUUUGCGAGUUUAGUAACGGCUCAACUCGCACAGCUACUCCGAAGGUGAGGCUGCAGCAGAAGCAGGUUUACUACACCCACAGCAAGGUCAGCAAGAGGAUGUUUGUCAAGCACUUGGCGUCACUGACUGGAGAGCCCAUCAGCGCUCAGACCUCCAAUGUGCACACUGAGAUCAUGCUCACUAUUCCCUCGUCUGCAUCGCUCACCAUCUCUAACUGCAGCAUCCUGGUUGUCGAGUAUUUUAUUGAGGUGAGCCUCAACGCAUGCACUGACCUCACAGUUCUGGUUCCCAUCAUCUUGUGCGAUACCCUUUAAUUCACUCAACCCCCACCUUACUUGUGAGUACAUUUGUGACUAUUUUAAAUUGCUUCAAAUGUAUCUAAUGAAGUGACAACAUAAUGUAAUUUAUCACUGACUUAGACUGCACAAUUAAUUGAAUAUUGAUUAUGACCACAGUUUUGGCUUCCCACAAUUAAAUGGGCCUGAUCGUCUGUGAUAUUGACAUUUUAAGUGCAUGCUCUGCUCAUAGAAAACUCUGAAACAUGUCAAGUGCUUCCUAAAUUAACAGUCAUCCACAAGGGGUGUGGAUGUACCCUGCAGCAGCAGGUCAGAGUGGAAGAAUGACAGCAGAGAGCAGGUGGCAAAACGAAAAUCAAAUACUUGAAGCAGGAGAAGAGCUAGUGCCUCAAAACUGGUCAUCAUCCAUUGUUUGGUUGUGUUUUGGAUUUAGGGAGAAUGAUGUUAAGCAGGAACAAUUCAUAUGCAAAGUGCAUGAGACUUGUGUCUGUGCUGCAAACCAACACAAAUAACGUGUUCAAUCACUUGAAAUCACACCACAGACUUCAGUAGGAUGAAUGCAUGAAGGCCAAGAGAAAUAACAACGCUAACGUUACCUCACUGAAUUCCUAUUCUUGUCCGCUGUCAACUCAGCCAUAAGUGCAACAUUUUAUAGCAUGUCACCGUAUCCAGCUCCCAAAGAUAGACAGAAAUAAUCUAUGCAAUCUCAUUUCAUUUGGCCAGAGGUUUGUGUCCAAUAAGCACUGACUGACCAUAGUGCUCCAUUGUUUUAAUUUUGGGUAAAAAAGUUUCAGUACAAUUAUAUUCAUAUUUUGCUUCUAGGAGAUGAUCUGUGAUAAAUUAGCAGGAGUGUAGCGCAGCAUGGGAGUGAAAACAGCUGUCUGUUUAUUUAAUGUGAAAGUGCAAUAAAAAAUAUUUUGUCCCUAAAAAUCACUGGUACUCUGACUUGUUACUGGAACAGCAUUACAGUAUUUCUCAGUUUUUGUAUCAGUCUACCCAUGCUGCCAAGCUUUUUUUAAAAUUUGUUUUUAAAAAUGUGUGACUUGGUAUAAAAACUUCUUACAUUUUUGAAGACAUCUCUUUACAUAUUUGCAAACUUCACUUACUAAUUUUAGUCAAAUUAGUAGCAAAUCUACCUCUUUAUAUUAUUGUGUACUAUCUCUUUGGAUAUCUCUGUGUGCACUGCAGCUGCAAAUUAUCGUUCUGUUUUAAAGGAGCUAUUUGUAGGUUUUGCUAUCACUGCAUAGCCAAUGUUAGCAUUAGCAACUUCAUUCCUUUUUUUGUCAAGAGCUGUAUCCAGUAAUGGCAAUGUUUUACUUCUAGUUUUAUCACUUCUUCUACUGAAGUUGGUAUGCUAACCACCUAGACCCACCCGGCUGGCCCAUCUCAUCACUUUCCGAUAGUGUCUAGUGACUCACUGUAGCGUUCAGACUGCCCACGAAGAAGUAACACUGCUAAGAGGGUGUAUUAUGAGCUCUUGUGUUGUAAACGCAACAAUGGAAUGGCUGUAGCUUUUGACUUGCCAUCAUCACACCACACCACACACUCCACCUGCUCCUGACCAGAAACCACAUUCUGCUGCAGAGAAAACUUACAAAUUGCCCCUUUAACAUGGUUCCACCAUGUGUUUAUUGAUUUUUAAUAUAUGUUGAUACUGAAAAGCUUGAACUUAAUUGUUAAGAAUUGUUGUCAGUAUUGGUCAUCAAAAUCUUUUAAGAAUGGCAGAAAUGUAAAAAUGUCAUUUUGAGAUUAUAUACACCACAGCACUUUAUUUAAACAGCAAGUGACUCCUGAGUAUAUUAGCCAUAAGCCAAAGACAUAAAGCUUGCUUUGUGGAAACUGCCUUAUAGCAUCAUACUGCCACCAGACAAGCAAGUUUUCAGUUUAUGUGUCUGUGUGUUCUAUGUAAUGUUCUGAUUAUUGUCAGUAUUUAUGUGACAUUCAUUGUUUCACCAUAUAACUGAAGCAGGAGAGAAAAGAUAUGUUGCAGUUUGAAUGUUAAUACCACUUAACACCAUAAACAACAUAUCACAAACCUGCAUUAUUAUCACAUUAUUGUAAGUAUGUGUUUUUAUCAUUUCAUCUCAACUUCCAUCAUGUCUUUUUACAUAUAAACUAUUGUCAUACACAUACUGUUUUGGAUGUAAACUGAGUAGAGAAAUGUGUGACUGUAACAGGUCUUUAUAUGCCUCGUGCUGACAGUUUUAAUGGACCGUUAUCAGCAUUUUAUGGCUGUAUUGUGUACCAUAACUCUAUCAAAGUGCAAUUAAACCACUUGUCAUUAAAGCAUAACACAACAUUAUGUUUAAAAUGUCACUGUGCAGUUUAUUCUGAGAGUAGUUCUGAAACAACUGAUUUGCGGCAUGGGAAAAUAUGACAUUUGGGUGUGUAAUGACAAGUUAUGUUGUCAGUAAGUUCUGUAUCGUCAUGGUUUCUACUGCACAAUGCACAGAGCAUCACUUUAAAGUAUAUAGUGCAGUCUAGUGUUGCCAUUUUUUAAACAACUUUGAUGCUAGUAGCAUGUUUUACAAAUUUUCUGUCAUGGGAUACAAUCCGUCUUCUCAUUAUAAUGAUUAUCAACAGAUCAUGUUCUAAAUAUUUUUUAUAAUGUGAAAGAAAUCCUAUUCAGAACACUCCAUACUUCAAAUAUACCAAAGAAGAAUAUCUUCAUGUUGAGAUAAAACGAUUCAGAAAAGAAGAAACGAACUAGGCGCUGCCUUCAGGCCUGAACAUCAGGACUCUAACAUGAUACAGUACAUUUCCAUGCAGUUCUAGUCGAAGGAAAUACAAUUUGUGAUGUAACUCAUGUCUGGUGUAGGGUUUCAUCCAUUUACACGUCAAACCACAGACUGGGUUUACAAAAUAUGUUAACGAUAAAAUUAAACAAAUACAAGAUCUAGAGACAUAGUCAUGGUCCAAAAAUCACCCAAGGUCUUGAGAAUAAGCACCAGCACAGCAGAGCAACAUUCAAAGAACGUGUAAAGACACAGUCCCCUCAAUUUUAAAUCAGAUCAUUACGCAUUACAAAAUCAUUCUGGUUGUCCAUAUGACAAAAACAAAGUUGAUG